AUGGGAAACCUCUGCGGAAAGGAAUCGAAAUCCGACAAUUUCGCCGGCCCCGGCCGCACCCUGGGCGCCGCUCCCGCGCCCUCGGACAACGCUCGUGCAUCCAUCCCCGCCGCAAAGAAGAGUGCGCCGCCGCAAGGCCCCGGCCGGACGCUGGGUGCCGGGCCAGAGGCAGGCGGCGACAACGACCCUCGCAGUGCCGCCGCAAGAGCUGCUGAAACACGGGCCGCGAAUAACCAGGCCAAGACGACGAAGAACCAGAAACUCACCAACCGCGCAGCAUUAGAGGAGGCCAGCUACGCCGAGCGAAGGCAACGCGACGCGGAUGAGAUGGCCAAUGCCAGGGCUUGGAAUUGA